AUGUUAGACUCGUUCGAGGUUCCUGACGGGAGGCUUCGAAACGGCGACGAUUGCACGGCACGUUUAGAUGCGGGGGCACCUCGCUGCAACAUACGCAUGAUCACACGCUUUUUGUUAUCAGACGGCCAGAACGUUGUUCAGUACUUAUGUCAACUGACGUCGGGUGAAAAUGUCGUCAGCUUCUCCACCAGAGCCCGCUACUGCGAGUGGUUCAAUCCACAAAAAUUCAAAUACAACGGACCACCACAGGACGCUACACUUACAGUAUACGUGUUCGAACGUCAUUGGUUAUUUGCAAGUUUCGAUAUUAUCGAUGAAAUUGUAAUAAAACUAAGGAAGGACGCCAUAGCAACUCAGCGUCUUACCGUCAUUAACAACAGAAGCGAAGACGCAGCGAGUACAAGGAUGUCGUUGUCAUACGAAAUCCAUUACGAGAAAGUAAUGUGCAACAUGGAAGAAAUUUCUGGUGGCUGGACGAUCAUUCAGAGACGAUCUACUGGAGAACUGUCGUUCGAAAGAAACUGGACGGAAUACCAGUCGUUUUUCGGCACUAAGAACAUGUCUGAAUAUUGGCUUGGUUUGGACGCCAUGAAUGCGUUGACAUCACAGGAGCCGAUGGCGCUUCGAGUUGAUCUUCACAACUGCGAAGGAAAGAAAUUCUAUCAACUGUAUUGCCGACUUCAGGUUGGAAACCUGUCCACAAAUUACGCGCUUCGUGUCUCGAACGUCAGCCACGGCAACGCCAUGGAUUCCUUGAACUACAGGAUUGCACAGCAGUCAAAACUCAACGGCAUUCCAUUUUCCACCCCUGACAAGGACAAUGACCGAAGCGCCAACAGGAACUGGGCCGCUUUGACCUCCAGCGGUUUCUGGUUUAACAACGGCGCAGUGGCAAAUUUGAACGGCAUGUACAAUUCAUCGUGCAGUAAUCAUCUCACGGGAUACGGCACUAACGGGAUCACUUGGUUUACGGCUGAAGCCAGUUUGAAAAGAGGAUUUCGCAGCACGAAGGUGUCUAUCUUGCUGAAAAGUUUCGAAAAUCCAAGUGGCAAGUUGCAAGACGGACAUUUCUGUCACACUCAUUGGUGGGGCCAGCCUGCUCCGUGUGACAUUCACAUGAAGAUCAGUUUCAAGCCGAAGCGCCGAUACUCCGAGGUCGUUCCGGUCCACAGAGACCUCGGCCAGCUGACCAGAGGAAACAACAAAGUAACGUUUCUGCCGGGUCAUCGAUACGGACAGUGGCAAAAUCCAGAGAUUUUCGUUUACGACGGACCGUGGAAUGGUUUCCGGUUGACGGUAGAAGUGUACGACAUCAGUUGGUUUAAAAAGGCUUAUCUGCCAAUAUAUACCAUACAUCUUGCCGUGGACAGCAGGUUCCCAAAGGAUAAUAUUUUUAUCACUCGGAUGCGAAAGCGCGGUGCUGGAGAUAUCUUGUAA